UAGAUUAAAACUUAACGAUAAAUAUUGAAUGCUUAUCACAGAAUUCGAAGGAGAAAAUUUGCUCUAUCAAUCCGGCACUUUCUUCUCUGGCUUUGAAUCAAGCUCUACAUGUACAUCUUUCACCCUGAUGGAACUGGCAAACCAUCCAGAAUGCCAGAAAUUGGCUAGAAAGGAUAUUAAUAGAGCGAUUGAGGAGCAUGGCUGGACAUACGAAGCGUUUACCGAUAUGAAGUAUCUCGAUCAAGCUAUACUCGAAAGUUUGAGGCUGCAUCCACCUGUAUCUACCAUUGACAGAUACACUCGUCAGGAUUACCAG